GAGGCUUUAUGUGGACAAAGCGCCAGCUGUGUUCUACCUCUGCAAGUGGUUAUUGAGGACCCGCUACAGUUGCACCGAAUAGAGGUUGAAAUACGAGAUAUGAAUGACAAUUCUCCGAGUUUCCUUUCAAAUGAGUUGUCUUUAAAAAUAGCAGAACUAGCAUUAGUUGGCACGCGCUUUCUUUUGGAGAGCGCAACAGACCCCGACGUUGGAAGCAAUUCACUCAAAUCAUAUACUCUGAGUAAAAAUGAGUGUUGUUCCCUUAAAAUAAAAGAAAUAGAGGGUGGUAAGACCGUCCCAGAACUUGUUUUGGAAAAGCCUCUCGAUCGAGAGAAAAAAGCUGUUCACAAAAUAUUACUGACAGCAUUAGAUGGCGGGAGUCCAGUAAGAUCCGGAACCUCACAAAUUACAAUAAAUGUGCUUGAUACAAAUGAUAACUUUCCUGUUUUUGAGAAAAAUAUUUACAAAGUAACCCUAUGUGAAAAAAGUUUGAAGGGGGCUAUUGUUAUCAAGCCCAAAGCCACGGAUGCAGAUGAAGGUUUAAAUGGUGAGAUUGAAUUCUCAUUUGGCUCUCGGACACCAGAUUAUGUAUUGUCAAUCUUCGAUAUCAACCCCUUAACAGGUGAGAUAACCCUGAAGGGUGACUUAGACUAUGAAACUACUAAGUCUUAUGACAUUGACGUAAUUGCAAAAGAUAAAGGCAGCCCUGAAAUGGAGGGCCACUGUCGCGUGCAAGUUGAUAUAACUGAUUUCAAUGAUAAUGCUCCAGAAAUUGUUUUCACUUCUCAGCCAAAGCCAGUGCGCGAAGAUGCGCCAAGUGGCACCGUAGUUGCACUGAUCAGUGCGCGAGACCUUGACUCUGGUGAUAACGGUAAAGUGACGUUAGAGCUCACCAAAGGUUCUCCUUUUAAUCUGAAACCGUCCUUUUCUAAUAAUUAUGCACUGGUUACCAGUGCUGUUUUAGAUCGAGAGAAUUUCUCAGAAUAUAAUGUUGAGAUAACAGCCACUGAUUCAGGUUCUCCUCCUCUGUCCAGUAAGAAAAGUAUACCUGUCAGCAUCACUGAUGUGAAUGAUAACCCUCCUAUAUUCACUCAGCCCUCCUAUAAUGUGUAUUUAAAAGAGAAUGGGGUCCCAGGCUCUAUACUGUACUCAGUAUCAGCGUCUGACCUGGAUUUUGGUGAAAACGCUAAAAUCUCUUACUCUAUACUGGACUCUAAAGUGCAGGACGUUUCCGUCUCCUCUUAUGUUUACAUUAACUCAGAUAACGGCAGCAUCUACAGCAUGCACUCGUUUGACUAUGAGAAACUGAAGGUAUUUCAGAUCCAGGUUCAGGCAAAGGAUCAGGGCUCUCCGUCUCUCAGCAGCAACGCCACUGUCCAUGUUUUUGUCCUGGACCAAAACGACAACGCCCCCGCUGUUAUUUACCCCUCCUCCGCCAUGGGCUCCCUCUCUCAUCAGAGGAUGCCCCGCUCCGCUAAAGCGGGUCACCUGGUUACCAAGGUGACGGCCGUGGACGCUGACUCGGGCCAUAACGCCUGGAUCUCCUACAAAGUGGCGGAGGCUACAGACGCCUCUCUGUUCACUGUCAAUCUGUACACAGGGGAGGUGAGGACUAAACGCGCUGUGUCCGAGCAGGACGACUCCUCUCAGAGACUUCUUAUAGAGAUCAGGGACGACGGGGAACCGGUCCAGUCCUCCACUGUCACGGUGUCCAUCCU